CUUUCUCACGCUUGUGUCCUACAUAGAUAACACACGGACCAACACGGUGCACCGCAGCAAACGUCGACAACAUGAUCCUCCUCGAGUCCCAUAAUCUCAUCAUUCAGACCACGCUUGCGGAAAAGAUCGCAAAGCCGUCGUCUCUUGAUGUUUUGUUUGUAGAUUUUGAUGGCGUGAGGUUUCAUCUAUCAACGCCAGAAAAGAAGACAGUGGUUCAGCUUUCUAUGAAUAUCCGAUGCUGGGAUGAGCUAGUUGCAUAUGGAGCGAUGGAGAUAUUGCAACGGGAGUAUGGCCCACUCAUUAAACAGCAGACAGAGCCAGAAUAUAACAUCAGUCUUGAUAUAGAUAUUGAUCAGGUUCCAGCCGAUGAAGAAAGCAGAGAAGCAUUCGUGAAGUCUAUCUCGCUAUUCAAGCGGAACGCUCUAGCGGCACCAUUCGAGCUCGCAUUUAAGCAACAGAAAGAGUUGGAAGCAUCAGGUGGUGCUCAGGGGCAGUUAAUGCAGAUCCACUACCGCGAUGAAGAAGCCAUAUACAUUCAAGCAUCGCCCGACCGUGUCACUGUGAUAUUCUCGACAGUCUUCAGGGAGGAGACAGAUCGUAUUUUUGGCAAGGUAUUCUUGCAGGAAUUCGUAGACGCACGACGGCAGCCCAGUAUUCAAAAUGCCCCCCAAGUGCUCUACACGAACCGCGACCCACCCUUGGAAAUCCGCGAUCUCGCAGGUCUACGGAACACUGAUGAUAUUGGCUAUGUUACCUUUGUCCUCUUCCCUCGCCACUUUGCGAACGCCAACAUCUCGUUCAAUACGAUAUCGCACAUACAGCUAUUCCGCGAUUAUCUACACUACCACAUCAAGUGCUCAAAGGCGUACAUGCACUCCCGUAUGCGUCAUAGGGUAGCCGAGUUCCAGAAAGUCCUGAACCGCGCGAAGACGGAGGUGGCGACAACCGAACGCAAAACUGUCACUGGCCGAACUAUGACGAAUCGGUGAGAUGGACGGACGAGGUACCUUUACCCAGCGUGUAAUUUUAGUAGUAUAAUCGUCAAGACGUCUUUUAUGAAAUUUAACUCACUGCGCAGCUAUUGUUCUCAA